AUGUCAACCAAUAACUCCUCAGAAUUGACUCAAGACAUUCAGAUAAUUCAGCAAACGUUUGUUGAAAACUACUGUUAUUUUUCUGUGAUGGGUUAUGCUGUUCUGGCAGCUGGAAAUUACUUUGUUGUUGGUUGCAAAUUUCAGCUUGCAAGAACAGUAACUCAGCCAGCCCCUAGUCCAGUUACAUGUAUAGUAUAUGUAAGCAUUGAAAAUAAUGAACUUAUAGGAUUGGCUGAAUUUCUUGUUCUAAUUGAAACUUGGCGUGCAACAUAUGGAAUCAAAAAAAUGGCACAAAUGGCAAAAGUGGAAGUUUCAAUUACAACCCUAUUUUUACGAGAUGUUCAGCUAUAUCUCAACCUCAAAUAUGUAUUUGCAAAUGGAACUUCAACUUUCCAAGACUCAGAAGUAUCAUCUGUUCAAUUUGCCUCAAAUGUCAUAGGGCCACUAGGAGGAUCCAUCAAUUUUGCAUCAUCAUUUUCGGCACGCACAGCUAUUAUUAGGCUGCGACAUGUUGCGCGGCCCUCCGGGUCGAGGGCACAACAUUGUCGAAGAAACGUGCCAUUCAUUAGCUUGUGGGCGGCCCGAACAGACGAGGCAAAUCGUGCACCAGAGUCAGGACAUGCUUCGCUGGUAAAGCCCGCCUCGGGCACAGGCAUCCGAAAGGCAUUGCAUGCGUCCCGGGACGAUCAUCCAGCGCAAAUGGUGGACGCAGAGACAGAGAACGUGAUACGUACAAUGAUAGAGACGCAGCGCGUGCCUGUAACAUCGGUGUGGCGAUUGGUGUCUGAGAAAGACACAGAGGCGACAUUCGGCGUCAGUGUAGAAGAAACAGGUCCAUCAGUCCACCCUUAUGAAGGCGACGAGCGCAAGAGCGACGUCGGCGGGAGUGCCGUGGGCGAGUGCGGGACCGACUGA